AGGCAGGGAAUGCUCAUUGGCUCGAACUGCUGAGAUGGGUGAAGAAUGGCGGUUGCAAGUGUGCUCCUGGCACUGUUUAUGCUCUUCCUAUCAAUUGUCACUGUCAUCGGCAACUUGGCGGUCUUGUUGUCAUACUAUCUUGACAAAAACAUUCGACAGCCGACCAACUAUUUCAUUUUUUCCCUCGCCAUCUCCGAUUUGCUAAUUGGUCUGGAAGGUAUCCCGGUGUACACAGCAUUCUAUUUGAACAACAAUGAAUGGAUUUGGGGUGAUGUGCUCUGCGAUCUAUGGCUCUCCAUCGACUAUAUCGUUUGCCUUGCCUCUAUCUAUACGGUACUUGGUAUUACUGUUGAUAGGUACUAUUCGGUGAAAAAACCGGCGACAUACCGAAACUGGAGGACUCCAGGUCGAGUCGUUCUUAUUAUUAUAUUUAUUUGGCUUGUCCCAAGCAUAUUGUUUUCGGUGUCCAUCUUUGGGUAUGGCACAUUCACGGGUACGGGACGAAUACUGAAAGAAACCGAAUGUUAUGUGCAAUUUAUGACAAAUCCAUAUUUGAAUAUGGGAAUGUACAUCUCAUACUAUUGGACGACACUUUUUGUCAUGUUAUAUCUCUAUUGGGGUAUUUAUCGAGCAGCGAAGAAGCUCGCAUUGAAGAGUGAUCAGAAAACCAAGCGACUUGCUCUUCUCACCGAAAUGAGAAGACCCGAAGUGAGCGUUCGAACUAGCGAUGCAGGCAACAGUAGCUCAGAUUCACCAAAUGAUACAUCUAAUAGCAGCAAAUGUUUCCGUACUGCUCCACCAACUACAACUGUACAGACGACACAAACAAAUGUGGGGACACCACCGCCCGUGUUCAGGAAUCAUAUGACACUUCAUAAUAAUAAUAUGGAUUUUACGAAAGAUAAUGAGAUUGUGAGACCUCCAACGCCGCCAGAUGACAACACUUACAGUAAUCCAAAUUUCUCAAUGAUAUCGGAACAACUGACAAAUGGAUUCUCACGACAGGAACCAUCAUCAGUAAUCGAACGAGAGAGUACUGCACCAUGCGUGUCUCCUGAACCAUCUCAUGCGUCUCUUGAGAACGAAUUCAACGAAAAUCAUCAUGCGCAUUUUAAACCUGAACUCUCAUUGCCCUUUAUUGAUGCGGAUAGUGUAUCAUCAAUGGUUGGACAUGAUGAUUUAAGAAGAGCAAUGUCAAUUCGAAUAUCAAGAUCAGUUUCAAUGCAAGGGACUGCUAGAGCAACACCUGUUAUUGAAAUUGUUGAAAAUUUGGAAGAAGCUUUGAAAAUUUGUGAAAAUUUGGAAGAAUUGAGGGAAGAUGAGAAUAAAAAUGAAGAAGAGAAACAGAAAAAUGGACUGGAAAAUGGCGGAAUGAAUCAUGUUAUCAUUGCCAAUGAUGAGCAGCAGCCGUCAACAUCAAAAGAAUCGGAGCAAAAAGAAGAAAUGACACCUGAAAAUCAUGAUCCAAAUGAAGUAAAGGUCCCAUUAAUCGCAGUUUCGAGAGUGGAAAGUGUAAAAAGUACAGCUGGUGGAAAAGUUCGUCGAUUGAUAACCCAAAUGCGAAGUCACAGUAUUCGAAGCAAACGGAAAGCGAAUAAAAAUAAAGUGAGCACUUGUUCUCCAAAGAGCACAACAUCCCUUCUCCUCCCACCUUCUACGUCAUCAACCACCCGUGAACGGACACGCCAUCCGGUCACAAUUACACUACAAUUUCAGAGUGUCUUAUCGGCUCUUAAUUUUUUUCAACGAAAAAAGGAAUACAAAUCUCGAUCUGAGAACCGCGCUCGAAAAGCUCUACGUACAAUCACUUUCAUCUUGGGAUCUUUUAUCAUACUCUGGACUCCCUUCUACGUUUUGGCUACAAUUUAUGGAUUCUGUGAGACUUGUAAAGCUUCACCAUCAUUCAACACACUUUACACAAUAUCGUAUUACUUGUGUUAUAUGAAUUCACCGCUAAAUCCAUUCUGCUAUGCUAUGGCUAAUCAACAGUUCAAGAAAACGCUCACUAGGAUUUUCAAAGGAGAUUUUCGAAGAGUUUGAUCGCAUUUUUCAAUUAGUUCACCGCUCAACUUCUUGUGUUAAAUAUGUCAAUCUUUCUUUUAAAUGUAUUAUUUUUAAUUCCCCAAAAUUAAUUCUAAUUCUUUCUCCAAAAAGUUGCAAUUAUUUAAUUUACUGCUGUGAAGGUGAUCUCUGAGCAAAAAAACCACAAAUUUACUUUCCGAUCACCUUUCCAUGGAUAUUUACUCUGUGAUAAUCUUGUGUGUUCGCCUAUCUAUCGAAUUUAUUCGAAUAAAUUUUCUAGGAUGU